UGCUGAGUGUUGAUCUCUGUGCGUGUGUAACUGUGCAAAACUUUUAUUUUUUUCAUAAUUGGUUGUUGCAUUCUUCACUGGCAGCACUGCUGUUUUUAGUGAAAGAAAGCUGUUUUUGACAUUUAGCAUAGCAUCUUUUCUUAGAAUUACCUAACUGCAUAAGCGUGCACAUCCUUGAACUAAUACUUAGUUGAAGCACACUUUGAUUUUAUUACAGCACUCAGUCUGUUUGGAUAAGAGUCUGUUAGCUUGGCACAUCUUGACUUGGAAAUAUUUCCCCACUCUUCUUUGCAAAAAUGUUCUAGAUCUGUCAAAUUGUGAGGGCAUCUCCUGUGUACGGCCCUCUUCAGGUCCCCCCACAGAUUUUCUAUAGGAUUCAGGUCUGGGCUCUGGCUGGGCCAUUCCAAAACAUUAAUCUUUUUUUGCUGAAGUCAUUCUUUUGUUGAUUUGGGUGUGUGCUUUGGAUCAUUGUCUUGCUGAAAGGUGAACGAUAUCUUCAUUUUCAGCUUUCUAGCAGAUGCCAGAAGGUUCUGUGCCAAAAUUGACUGGUACUUGGAGCUAUUCAUGAUUCCCUCCACCUUCUCUAAAGCCACAGUUCCAGCUGAAGAAAAGCAGCCCCAAAGCAUGAUGCUGCCACCACCAUGCUUCACCGUGGAAUUAAAUCUGCUUGACAUGCUACUGAAGAUGGAGUUUGUUAAAGAGGAGUUUAAAGAGGAGAGUGAAGAUGUCAGUAUUUCAGAACCAUUCAGACUGAAGAAUGAAGAUACUGAGGAACAAAGAGAGCUGACUGAAGUGAAAAAGGAAAGUCAAGAACUGAAUGAAGUGGAAGAGAAACAUCAGUAUCAGAAACCUUAUAAUUUUGUAAGUGCAGAAAUGUUUGACAGUUGCUCACAGACUGAAAAGAAAUUCUCACAAAAAACUAGAAGAACAAAAACAGAAAAUUAUUUAAUCUGCCCUCAGUGUGGAAAGAGUUUCACACAUAAAGGAAGCCUGAAUAUCCACUUAAGAAUUCACUCUGGAGAGAAGCCUUACACAUGCCAUCAGUGUGGAAAGAGAUUCACACAUAAAGAAAGCCUGAAUAUCCACAUAAGAAUUCACUCUGGAGAGAAGCCUUUUACAUGCCAUCAGUGUGGAAAGAGUUUCACACAUAAAGGAAGCCUGAAUAUCCACAUAAGAAUUCACUCUGGAGAGAGGCCUUUCACCUGCCAUCAGUGUGGAAAGAGUUUCAUAAAGAAAGAAAACCUAAAGCAACACUUAAGAAUUCACUCUGGAGAGAAGCCUUUUACAUGCCAUCAGUGUGGAAAGAGUUUCACACAUAAAGGAAGCCUGAAUAUCCACAUAAGAAUUCACUCUGGAGAGAAGCCUUUCACCUGCCAUCAGUGUGGAAAGAGUUUCAUAAAGAAAGAAAACCUAAAGCAACACAUAAGAAUUCACUCUGGAGAGAAGCCUUUCACAUGCCAUCAGUGUGGAAAGAGUUUCACACACAAAAGAAGUCUUAAAGAGCACAUGAAAAUUCACACUGGAGAGACCCCAUACACAUGCCUGCAGUGUGGAAAGAGUUUCAAACAAAAGGGAAACCUUAAUAUCCACAUAAGAACUCAUACUGGAGAAAAGCCUUUCACAUGUCUUCAGUGUGGAAGGAGUUUCAUAGACUCAAAUGCCCUUAAGGAUCACAAGACAAUUCACACUGGAGAGAGGCCUUUUACAUGCCUUCAGUGUGGAAAGAGUUUCAAACAUAAAAGAAGCCUCAAAAUUCACAUUGGAAUUCACAGCGGAGAGAAGCCUCACACUUGUCCUCAGUGUGGAAAAAGGUUUUCAGUUAAAGGAAGCCUUAAAAGGCACAUAAAAAUUCACACUGGAGAGAAACCUUUUGCAUGUCUUCAGUGUGGAAAUAAUUUCACAGAAAAAUCCAGUUUAAAGGAUCACAUGAGAAUUCACACUGGAGAGAAGCCUUUCACCUGUCCUCAGUGUGAGAAGAGUUUCACAAGUAAAACAACCAUGAGAGCUCACAUGAAAUGUCAUUCAGGAGAGAAAUUACACCACUGUUCUCAGUGUGGCAAGAGUUUUGUUCGAUCAAGAUAUCUCAUUGUUCAUCAGCGCUAUCACUCUGGAGAAAGGCCAUUUAACUGUGAUCAGUGUGGUCAAAAAUUUGUCUGUUCAUCACACCUAACAAGACACUUGAAAAUUCAUGGUAAUGAGAAGCCUUACAUGUGUUCUCUUUGUGGAAUGAGUUUUACACAGAUGGCCUAUUUUAAACAACACCAGACAAUACAUACUGGUGUGAAAGCUCACGUGUGCUCUGAGUGUGGAAAAUCCUUUGUCCGAAUCAGCUCCUUGAAACGGCACCAAAGAGUUCAUAUGGGAGAUAAACCUUACGAGUGUUCACAUUGUGAAAGUAGAUAUGCUCAUCCAAGACUCCUGAUAACACAUGAGAAAGUGCAUACUGGAGAGAAGACCUAUGACUGCACUCAAUGUGGGAGGAGUUUCAGCUCACCAAGUACUGUACGGAGGCAUUUAAAGAAGAAUUGCCCAAAGAUUUCACAGUGAGCAAACUUUAUCUUGAGAAUCUUUGUUAUUUGAAAUUUGUGUAACUUCCAAAGAUAGACUUUCUCUGUGAGAGACUACAAGAGUAAUAUGGUGUUGGAGGACAUCAACUCUUAUAGGAUGGAUGAAAUAAGAGGGAAAAAAGUUAUUUUGGUCAUACUAUUAUACCUAUUGUCAAUGACAUAAUAAGGAUGAGAUGGAUCAUUCCUAUAAUGCUAAAUAUGGCGACUGGUCGGAAUGGAAUACAGUAAGAGCUAAUCACCAUUUUGAUAGAGAUGACCAGCCUGAAAAAUAUUGUAGUCAUAGACUAAAAAAAUACUCAAUCAGACUUGCGGGAACAUUAAGGAAAUUAUUUUUUGUUUUCUAUUGUUGUAUACUAUUAAUUGUUUGUUUAUUGAUUGUAUAUGUUGAUGAUUGUAUGAAAUUACUAGAAAUUAAAAGGAUUUAAAUCUUGUUUAGUA